UUAAAAAGGAAAGCGGUGCAUAUCUUGUAUUAUAUGCUUUCAUAGUUUCAUCCUUCGUCUCCUUCACUUCAUUCUCUUACCUGAAAAAUCGAGGAUCAUCAGUCUUAAUCUUAGGGAAGAAGGGACAAAAUGCAUAUGGAAUUUGAAGACUAUAUAACCGAUCUCCCUCAAAGUAUUAUUGAAAUCAUACUAACAAAACUUCCACUGAGAGAAGCUGUAAGAACAAGUAUAUUAUCUUCUAAAUGGAGAUACAAAUGGGCUACACUUACAAAUCUUGAGUUUGAUGACAAAUGUGUAUCCGGGACCCACGAUAGAUCACUUGCAGAAACCAAUCUUGUAAAAUUUAUAACUCGGUUUCUUUUUCUUCAUGAUGGACCUAUCAAUAGAUUCUCUCUAUCUACAGCUUAUUUACAAAGCUCCCCUGAUGUAGAUCAAUGGCUGCUUUUCUUAUCAAGAAAAGAUGUUAAAGAAUUGCUUCUUGAGUUAGGUGAAGGCGAGUGGUUUAGAGCACCUUCAUGUCUUUUUUCAUGUAAAAAAUUGAUUCGAUUGGAGCUUGUUAGAUGUGAGUUAGAUCCUCCAUUAUCUUUCAAAGGGUUCCCAUAUCUUAAACACCUUAAUCUUCAACAAGUUCUUAUUGCUCCUGAAGCUGUUGAGAAUUUUAUCUCGGGUUGCACUCUUCUUGAAAGUUUGACUUUAUCAUAUUUUGAUAGUUUAGAACUCACAAUUCGUGCUCCAAAUCUAAAGUUUUUAAUCUUGGAAGGCGAGUUUAAAGAUAUAUGUCUUGAAAAUACUCCAAAAUUGGUUGCUAUAUCUGUUGCUAUGUACAUGACUGAUGAUAUUGCUGAACAUUUUGGUCAAAGUUCAAGUUGUAAUUUUGAUAAGUUUCUUGGUGGUGUUCCUUCUCUUCAAAGACUCAUUGGACAUAUUUACUUUACAAAGUAUAUGAGUAUAGGUAACACCUUUGGGAAAACAGAGAUGACAUACAAACAGCUAAAAGUUAUUGAAUUGUAUCAAGUAAGCUUUGAGGAUAUGAAAGAAAUAAUGGUGGUUCUUCGAUUGAUUCUAAAUGCUCCUAAUCUUCAAGAACUUCAAAUUUCGGGUUCAUCGAAUUCAACAUCUGCAACAGAAGCUAGGGAUUUGGAUUUCUGGGAGAAUGAAUGUCCUUUUGAGUGCAGAUUUGAAAGGCUGAAGAUGGUGAAGAUGACAGAUAUGUCUGGUGUUCCACAUGAGAUGGGAUUCAUAGAGCUUUUACUUGGGAGUUCACCUGUUCUUGAGACUAUGAGCAUCACUCCAAGUGUUUAUAUGACUGAAGGAAGAACAAGAUUUUUGAUCGAGUUACUCAGGUUUAGAAGAGCAUCAUCAGGAGCUGAAAUCAUAUUUCUUCAAGAUCAAGUGUAAAUCUUUACAACAUUUAUUAUCUCAUGAUUGUAACUUAUUACAUGCUGAUAUGCAAAUCAAAGACUUGUAUGGAUGUAUGAACUCUGUGUUGAUGGCAUUAAGGUCAUGGAGCUGAAAUCAUAUUUCUUCAACGCA